UUUUUUUUUUUAUUCUCUCGCUCGCGAACUGGGGUUGGCACCGUUGACAGUACCUGUUUUUUACGUAUCUGUGUUUUUCUUGAAAUCUUCUCAGAAACCCGCCUCCUAAGUUCCGACCUCUUUUCUGUCACGCUUUUCCGUGUAGGGCCUCCACUGUCGACUUCCAGCCCACAAACAAUUAUCUCUUUAUUCGCCGCCAGAGCUGGACCCGUGCAUUCUUUCGCCCGGAAAUCUCGACUCAACACUGGCAAGCAGAAUCCGCUUUUGCCAGGGAAAAGAAAAAACACCUCGACACAAACAGCCCCCGGGGACUUCUCCUCUCUGGCCCGCUGUGACUUUUGUUUUUGUGAACUAGCCGCCACCCCUGAACACGUGCCUGUUUGCUAGGAGCGAGAAAAAAAAAAGCAACAAAAAUGUCGUUGCCCGUGCAGAUGGCGAUGAAGUCUUCCGGCGCGAUCAACCAGCCGCCUGCCGUGCUUCCUCUCCAGCAACAGAUGCAGAUGAUGCCCCAUGCCCAGGCCCAAGCCCAGGCCCAGGCACAGGCGAUGGCCCAGGCACAGGCCCAGGCCCACAUGCAGCAAAACAGCCAGCGGCCGCCCGCCGAGGUGACGUCUGUGCUUGCUGAAACCACGGGACUGACUUGGUUGGCGAUCGGCUCCUUGGCUGAGUCCUUGGGUGAUUUGGACAAGGCGUCCCUGCUGUACGACACAGCGUUACGGCACAGCCCCAACAACCCAGAGGCGUUGACGCGCCUCGCCAACAUCUACCGUACGCGUGACCACUUCUUGAAAGCUGCAGAGCUUUACGAACAGGCUUUGAACUUCCACCCCGAAAACGGCGACACGUGGGGCCUCUUGGGCCACUGCUACCUCAUGAUGGACGACUUGCAGCGCGCGUACGCCGCGUACCAGCGUGCGCUCUACUACUUGGAGAACCCAAACGUUCCCAAAUUGUGGCAUGGCAUUGGCAUCUUGUAUGAUCGCUACGGUCUGUUGGAAUACGCCGAAGAGGCAUUUGUGCGCGUGUUGGAUUUGGACCCCAACUUCGACAAAUCCAACGAAAUCUACUUCCGCCUCGGCAUUAUCUACAAACAUCAAGGCAAGUUGCCCAGUGCACUCGAGUGUUUCCAGUACAUAUUGGCCAACCCGCCUCAUCCCUUGACCCAGCCUGAUGUGUGGUUCCAGAUCGGCUCUGUGCUCGAGCAACAGAAGAACUGGACUGGCGCCGAGGAGGCCUACAAAAAAGUCUUGGAGGUCAACCCUAAUCACGCCAAGGUCUUGCAGCAGCUUGGCUGCUUGUACUCGCAAGCUGAGGCGGCGCCCGUGGACCUGCCUGCUCAGAGCGGGCCACCUCCUUUCCAGCAAGACUUGGCCGUAGCUUUGAAGUAUCUCACUCAGUCCAUUGAUAUCGACUCCACCGACGCUCACUCCUGGUACUAUUUGGGACGUGUGCACAUGAUUCGUGGGGACUUCAAUGCUGCGUACGAGGCUUUCCAGCAGGCGGUCAACCGCGACUCGCGCAAUCCAACUUUUUGGUGCUCGAUUGGCGUACUUUACUACCAGAUCUCUCAGUACCGUGAUGCUCUUGAUGCCUACACUCGAGCCAUCCGCUUGAAUCCAUACAUUAGUGAAGUAUGGUACGACUUGGGCACUUUGUAUGAGACCUGCAACAACCAGAUUUCCGAUGCUCUUGACGCGUACCGCCAGGCAGAGCGUUUGGACCCAGGCAAUCCGCACAUUCAGGCCCGCCUUGAGCAGUUGAUCAAGUACCAACAAGAUGGUAAUACUCACCCACCACAGCCUCCGCCAGUUAACCAGCAGCCCCGCUUGCCGCAAGGCAUGGUCUUAGAAAGUACCCAGCCUCCCCAGCCAUCAGGACCUCCGGGUCAUCCCCAGUCGGGAGCUUUACAACAGCCGCAGCAGCUCCAUACGGGCCCAUCGGCCCAUCCACCGGCGCAGCUCCAGCUUGGCCAACAACCACAUCAUCUUCAACCGCAUCCACAGCCUCUGCAGCUGCAACCGCAGGUCACGCGGCUCACGCAGCCUCCGCCAGGCCAGAAUGUACCUUAUCCGCAGACACUUCAUCAGGCACCCAUCCCACUGCAAGCACCUCCGGCUCCUCAGACAAGAGCAGUAUCAAUUCCUGCAGUUCAAACUCCUGUGGUCCAAAAUCCUGCGGUCCAGACCCCUGCGGUCCAAAAUUCCGCGGCCUCGAGAUCAUCUGAUCCCGCUCAACCAGUGUUAACACCUACUGUCCAACUGCUUCCACCGAAUAAGCGGAAGUCGCCCCCUCAGCCAACUCCUGUCCCGCAGAUCCAGACUGCGAUGCCCCCUCAGACUACUUCAAGUGUAGGUUUGUCCAUGGCUGCUCAAGAGGUGAACCAGCAAUCAAGUGAACCGCCGCAGCCACAGCAAGCACUGGGUUCCGCUUUUGGAUCGGCUCAAAACAUCAUCACACAACCCAACGUACAGUCUGAGCGCACAGUGAAGAGCUCCUCCGCCACGCCACACCAGACACCCAAGCUGCCCGUCAACGGAGGCUCCGCGCCACCUAUCAGUAUCGCGAGUUCAGUGUCAAAUGGAUCUUUGAAGCAUGACUUGGAUGAUAAGGCGAGUCCCGUGCUUGUCAAAAGACCCAACACUGCCGAGACCAUUCUUGGCAAAAACGAUUUGGCUACGAAGGUGUCACCAACCCCACCCAUACAUCAAGCAGCCCCACAAGCACCUGCUCCAGUCUCUGUAGCUCAAGCAGCUCCCGAGCAAACUAUUUCAGCACCCACAGCUCAACUUCCUUACCAGCCUCCUCAUCUUCUUGGAUCUACCACUCACCAGCAAGAUACACAGUCAUUCUCUGCGGGUAACCAUCAGCUGGCAUCAGAGUCGAGUGGAACAGUAAAUGGUAUCACGCCGAACCAAUCUCAAGUACUGGACCUUCAAGAAGUGAGGGCUCGAGUUCCUACUGCAUCGCCAGCAGAAACAUUGAAGGGUGUUAGCCCAAAAGACAACCCAAAAAGCGCGGGGGACUCGUCACGCGUGGCGUUGCAACCAAUCACAGGGCAGUCUGUUUUGACACAAAACUUGCCAUCAAACGUUGAUCUCAAUCAGGGGAAGACGGACGCUGUAAAUAAUGAUGACGAAGAGGAAGAUGAUGAAGAAGAGGAAGAGAAAGAGCCCAUGGAGCCUCCCAUGAGAAAUGUGGAGGAAGACGAGAAUUAUGACGAGGACUAGGAAUGGAAAGGAACAUUUUCUAUGGUGGGGAAGCGUCUGGACGACUCUUCCUUGAAUAUAAUCAAGCAUGCUGUUGAUAUAAGAACUGUGCACCGGUCAGGUGCAAAACACCUGUACCAUGUAUAAUUAUGUAAUAUUUGGAUAAAGACCGUUAAAAACAUUAUCGCUUUAGUG